AUGGAGAACCAACCGAUAGUUUUACAACUCCAUCCCGUUCUUUCAAUCGCUUCUGUUGAAGAUCGAUUCUUGAAGAAGUUCAGAUUUCUAAAAGCCUGGGAGUCUUUGAUGCAUUUGGACCUCUUCUUGACGACAUAUGCGCAGUCGGUGACAGCCCUUCUCUGUUCUGGCUAUAAUCCUAUCACGGCUGAUAAACUUCGAUGCCUUCAUUCUUUUCGAUGCAUUGUCACUACUAGCGCCGAUCUUAACCACAUCGAUUUGGUCGAGUGCCAUCGCAGGGGAAUUGCUAUAGCCAAUGCUGGCGACUCUUUCUCUGAAAACGCUGCUGAUUAUGCAAUUGGGCUCUUUUUCGAUGUCUUUAGACAAAUCUCUGCCGGCGACCGAUAUGUACGUCAGGGGCUUUGGCCUAUCAAGGGCGAGCAUCCUCUAGGCUCCCGGGUAUCAAUCUUCUUCUCCAUUCCAAUUUCUUAA